CAGAAUCACUCAUCUGACCCGAUGGUGCUCAGCCAUUUCCGGGGUCACUCGGGAACUUCUAAGCUCAGGCGAGCCUAGCUGAGCCCAGUCUCGGGAUCAGUCGUCUGGCCCAAUUGCGCUCGGCUAUUUCCAGAAUCGCUCGGGUGUCCUUAAACCCAGGCUACGCUCCGGAACGCGCACAUGACCCGAUCGCGUUCGGCUGUUUCCGGAAAUGUUGACUGUCUCGGGGACACCCUACCUACAUUCUCCAGUCCCGCGGGAGUACGUUCGGCUCUUUCCGGAAGCCCUCAGCCGUCUCCAGGCUCCUCCUCAGCCUCCCUUCUCCCGCCCGACCCGAAUCUGCUCGGCCAUUUCCGCCGGGGGUGGGCCCGGUCAUUCGGAACCGCGGCGGCGGAGGCGGGGAUCCCGCGGUGGCGCUGACGGCGACCGUGGUGGAGCCACGGGUCAGGCUCGGCUCCGCGUUCCGGCCGCCUCGGCGUCGGCGUUAGUGGUCACGACCAAGAUCAGAGAUCCCUGUGCCUGUGGGAAGGUGGGGUCAGCAUCCCCUGGUCCCCAGCCGAGCAUGGUGACAGCCUGUGCCCUCGGCCCUCUCAUGUGGCACAGCUGGAAGAACCGCCAGCCUCGGGCGCCGACAGCCUACCACGUGAGGGAGUGAGGGAGUGAGGGAGUGGCCUGGCCCAGUCCAGCCCUUCGGAUUGAGGGGGCUUCGCAACAACUGAGUGACCGGAGAACACACUGCCGAUCCCCUCCCACCAGUUGGCGAACGAUGGGCAGAGCAACGAGUGACCCUUGUGAGGGUCAUGCAAUAACGACAGGAAACAAGGCAUGAGCAUCCCCCGUAGUCACCUGUAACUUCUUGCUGGAAAUAGAGGUCUGGGCACCUCAAGCCAACCCAGUGGACCCACCUGCCCCCACCCAGCUGAUGGGGCCACUGGGGCCCCGUGCAGCCACCUGACCACACAGACCCCCCUGCCCACCAUGGCUGGCGCUGAGGGCUUCCAGUACCGUGCACUGUACCCGUUCCGCCGGGAGCGGCCAGAAGACCUGGAGCUGUUGCCGGGUGACGUGCUGGUGGUGAGCCGGGCCGCCCUGCAGGGGCUGGGUGUGGCCGAGGGCAGUGAGCGCUGCCCGCAGAACGUGGGCUGGAUCCCGGGCCUCAAUGAGCGAACUCGGCAGCGCGGUGACUUCCCUGGCACCUACGUGGAGUUCCUGGGGCCUGUGACCCUGGCCCGGCCUGGCCCUCGCCCCCGCGGCCCCCGCCCACUGCCUGCCAGGCCCCAAGAGGGGCCCCCUGAGCCAGGCCUCACACUCCCUGACCUACCUGAGCAGUUCUCCCCACCUGAUGUGGCUCCCCCACUGCUGGUAAAGCUUGUGGAGGCCAUUGAGCGGACAGGGCUAGACAGCGAAUCCCUCUACAGGCCCGAGCUGCCGCCCCCGUGCACAGACUGGUCCCUGAGCGACCUAGAGCAGUGGGACUCGGCAGCCCUGGCCGAUGGCAUCAAGGGCUUCCUGCUGGCACUGCCUGCGCCCCUUGUGACGCUGGAAGCGGCUGCAGAGGCCUGCCGUGCCCUGCGAGGUGCCGGACCCCUCAGCGCGGGUGUAUUUACUGAGCGCGCACUGCACAUACAUGAGCAGCAGACUGAGCCCAACCCCGACUUCCCAGCUCUGCUGGUGGAGAAGUUGCUUCAGGAGCACCUGGAGGAGCAGGAGGUCGCACCCCCAGCUCUGCCGCCUAAACCACCUAAAGUCAAGCCCGCCCCAGCGGGGCUGGCUAAUGGGGGGAGCCCACCCUCUCUGCAGGAUGCUGAGUGGUACUGGGGUGACAUUUCCAGGGAGGAGGUGAACGACAAACUCCGGGACACACCUGACGGCACCUUCCUGGUCCGAGAUGCCUCCAGCAAGAUUCAGGGAGAGUAUACCCUGACCCUUAGGAAAGGUGGAAACAACAAGCUAAUUAAGGUCUUCCACCGUGAUGGGCAUUAUGGCUUCUCGGAGCCGCUCACCUUCUGCUCCGUCGUGGACCUCAUCACCCACUACCGCCACGAGUCCCUGGCGCAGUACAAUGCCAAACUAGACACACGGCUCCUGUACCCCGUGUCCAAGUACCAGCAGGACCAGAUUGUCAAGGAAGACAGCGUGGAGGCAGUGGGCGCCCAGCUCAAAGUCUACCAUCAGCAGUACCAGGACAAGAGCCGCGAGUACGACCAGCUCUACGAGGAGUACACGCGCACCUCCCAGGAGCUGCAGAUGAAGCGCACCGCCAUCGAGGCCUUCAAUGAAACCAUCAAGAUCUUCGAAGAGCAGGGCCAGACUCAAGAGAAGUGCAGCAAGGAGUAUUUGGAACGCUUCCGGCGUGAGGGCAACGAGAAGGAGAUGCAGAGGAUCCGGCUGAACUCAGAACGGCUCAAGUCUCGCAUCGCCGAGAUCCACGAGAGCCGCACGAAGCUGGAACAGGAGCUGCGGACACAGGCCUUGGACAACCGGGAGAUCGAUAAGCGCAUGAACAGCCUGAAGCCAGACCUCAUGCAGCUGCGCAAGAUCCGAGACCAGUACUUGGUAUGGCUCACCCAGAAAGGCGCCCGGCAGAAGAAAAUCAACGAGUGGUUGGGAAUCAAAAAUGAGACUGAAGACCAGUACGCACUGAUGGAGGAUGAGGAUGACCUCCCCCACCAUGAGGAACGAACCUGGUAUGUGGGCAAGAUCAACCGCACGCAGGCUGAGGAAAUGCUGAACGGCAAGCGGGAUGGGACCUUCCUCAUCCGUGAGAGCAGCCAGCGGGGCUGCUACGCCUGCUCUGUGGUGGUGGACGGCGACACCAAGCACUGUGUCAUCUACCGCACGGCCACUGGCUUGGGUUUUGCGGAGCCUUACAACCUGUAUGGGUCUCUGAAGGAGCUGGUGCUGCAUUACCAGCACACCUCCCUCGUGCAGCACAACGAUGCCCUUACCGUCACACUGGCGCAUCCCGUGCGCGCCCCGGGCCCCGGUCCACCCCCGGCCGCCCGCUGACUCAUACAGAGCGGGACUCCAUGUAUCUGUCUGUCUGUCUGUCUUUGUGAAUCUUUCUCUGUCUCAAUCUCUCCCUUGCUUUCUCUGAGUCUCUCUCUUCCUGUCACUCUUUCUACCCCCAUCUCUGUCCUCUCUGUCUCUCUUAGUCUCUGUACCUCUGUGUCUCUGUUAGAGGAGCAUACCUCCUCCAGCCCAUGCCCCCUUUCCCCACGGGCACUGCCCUCCCCCGGCUCUGGCUGCCCCCACCAGUUCCUACGGUUCCCCCAAGCUCCCCCUGCCUGUACCUGCCAUGUUUACAAAGGCCCCUGGGGUGCUCAGCCCCAGCCUGGUGCCCUGAUUUUUAAGCCAUAGACCUGGGGUCCGGGCAGGAAGAAGGCAGGAAGGAACUUCGCUGGGCCACUUCCAAGAACCUCAGCUGUGACAUUCGGGGCCGGGCGGGUCCCAAUGCCCCACAGACCCAACUUCCCCUCCAAACCCUGAAGUGAAACCCGCACUGGUUACCCCCUCAUGGAGCUGCUGCCCAGAAGCCCUCCUCCCCCAAAAGCAAAAUGAUU